AUGGACGAAGGAUGGAGCUGCGAUCAAUGCACGCUGAUCAAUCCUUCCGACACCAGCGUCUGUGCUGCCUGCGGCUGGGAACUGCCAGCGAAACGCAGCGCUGCCACUGCUGCCACAGACUCGCUAAAGCGUGACUGCGAGCAGCUGGUGUCGCAGAUCUGGAGCCAAAACUCCCUCACUGCCCUGUUGAUGCUUGUCGGGAAUGUGGCCGAUCACCCUUGUGAGCUGAAGUACAGAGGUCCCAUUCGCAAGGCCAAUGCACGCAUCAAUGCCGCCGUGGUGCAGGUGCCGGGAGCUUCCGAGGUCCUCUCCCUCGCGGGCUUCGUGGAAGAUGAGGAAAGCUUCAACCUGCAGACAUUGGAUUUGGACAAGCUGGCUGUCGUGCGCCAAGCUCUGCAGCAGCAGGAGGCGAAGGUCCAGUCGAUGGCUGCAGCGACAUCGAGCUCCUACUCGAGUCCUGCGAAGGCAAUCCCAACGAAGAAGCGCGCCUUUGACGAGAACGUCAUGCGCGAGAUCCAGGCAGAGGCUGAGUAUCAAGCCGUGCUGCGUGGCAAGGCGCCGGCUGCGGCGAGUCCUGAGAUCAAGCCGUCGGAGGCGCCGGCGCCGGCGAGCCCCGACGACGUGAAGUCAGCUGAGCGCCCCAGCGCAAGCCGAGAUCUUCGAAUCCGGCUGCGGCUCCCCUUGGGCGGAUCCCGCGAAAUGCGAGUUCCGGCUCAGACCAGCGUUUGCGACUUUCAGGAGCAGGUUCACAGCCUCACGGGUGUGCCACCAAUUCAUCAGCGCAUCCGCUAUGGCUUUCCCACGCGAGUCCUCGCUGCCAGUGAAGAGUCGUCUGGCAUCGCAGAGGUGGGUUUGCAGGAUGGCGACGUCCUGACUUUGGAGGAUUUGCAUGACCUUUUCUUGGGCAGCCUGGAAAGCGGUCAGUUUACCAUGGAAGAGCUGUUGAACAAGAUGCCUCCGUCCGAGGGCUCCGAGGCGAGUGCCGAAACGCUGUUCCUGAAAGCUCUGGCGGCGUUUCACAUUGGCAUGCAGGAGACGGACUUCUGGGGGGCCGUGAUGGCAAAGGUCCGUGCACUGGUCGGACACGAGGAGUUCAAGAAGAUUGCGCCGGAGGAUGUGGGAAAGAGUGGGCCAGCGGAAGCGACGCCACCUCUCCUCAUGUCCAUCGCGCACAUGUCCACACCUCUUUGGGUCUCCGAGUUGCCUUUGCAACAAAAUCCUACGUCCUGUCUCUACGUACAGCCCAUGCCGUUUCCCGCAUGGCCUCUGGUCCAGACGCCCACAGCUCCUGGGUAA